UUCUCCUCUGCUGUCCAAGCGCUUUGGUGCAGGGACAGCGGCCGUCUUCAGCCAAUCCAGUGCAGGCUCUCCACCGAAGGCUGGCUCUAGACUGGUGGAACUAUAUGAAUGACAGCCUUCGCACAGAUGUCUUUGUGCGGUUCCAGCCUGAAAGCAUUGCUUGUGCCUGUAUCUACCUUGCUGCCCGGACACUGGAAAUCCCUUUACCCAAUCGUCCACAUUGGUUUCUUUUGUUUGGAGCAACUGAAGAAGAAAUUCAAGAAAUUUGCUUUAAAAUCUUGCAGCUCUAUACACGGAAAAAGGUUGAUUUGACACAUCUAGAGAGUGAAGUGGAAAAGAGAAAGCAUGCCAUCGAAGAAGCAAAGGCCCGAGCAAAGGGUCUGCUCCCAGGGAAUGUGCCAGGUCUGGACAAUGCUGCAGGGUUCUCACCUGCUCCCAAGCUGGUCGAAUCCCCAAGAGAAGGGAAAGGGAGCAAGUCUUCCCCACUCUCUGUAAAGAAUGCCAAACGGAAAAUGGAAGGCCCAAAGAAAGCCAAGGGUGACAGCCCUGUAAAUGGCUUGCUAAAAGGGCAGGAGAGUCGAAGUCAAAGCAGGAGUCGUGAACAGAGCUACUCAAGGUCCCCAUCACGGUCUGCUUCUCCAAAGAGAAGGAAAAGUGAUAGUGGCUCUACCUCAGGUGGGUCCAAGUCACAGAGUCGUUCUCGGAGCCGCAGUGAUUCUCCUCCAAGGCAGGUACACCGUGGUGCUCCCUACAAAGGCUCAGAAGUGAGGGGCUCCCGGAAAUCCAAGGACUGCAAGUACCUCACCCAGAAGCCACACAAGUCUGUGUUGAAAGUCAUAUAUUUUUAUCUGUGCAAUGCUGAGUGCAGGCCACCAGCUCGAGAGAAAUUUUACGUGGUUGAAUAA